AUGCCCAGGAGGGCCGUGAAACCGCAGGCGAUCGCGGUUAGGUUUGGAAAAGAGACCUCCUUCGCGGAGGUACUCAAAAAAGUUAAGGGGGUAACUGGUAGGGUCCCUGAUGGGGUUAGAAAUGUUAAGCAGACCAGGGCAGGGAAUCUGCUGAUAGAGUUUGCACCUGGGUCUGACCUGGAUGAACUAAGGAAAAACUUAGAUGGUAAGCUGGGAGUGAAUGUAGAGGUAGCCAAGCUACAAACAAUGAUGGAUGUAGAGAUGAGGGGGAUAGAUCCCUCGGUAGAGAAAGAGGAGGUCCUGGAAGCCAUCAGGGCUGAGCUUGGACACGAGGCCAAAGGUGUGAGGGUCAAAGUUCUCCGCACAGACCCAAGAAUGAGCAAAGUAGCGGUUGUUGAGGGACCUGUUGCGGACAUGCAACGGAUUCUGAGGGCGAACAGGAUUAUGAUUGGAUGGACGGUUAUUUCUGCGAGAGAGAUACCGAGGCUACUUAGGUGUUAUAAAUGCCAUGGUAUUGGCCACAUAGCGGGUGGCUGCAAGCUCGUUGUGGGAGAUGGCGGAUUGUGUAGGAAAUGUGGGGCUGUAGGACACCACAUGAAAGAUUGCUCAAACGAGCCAAAGUGUAGGCUCUGUGUGGAAGACGGUCUCGCCGAGAGUCAGACCGGACAUGUUGCGGCCUCUGUGAAUCUUAACCACUGUAGACUGGCGCAUGACCUGCUAGCUGUCAGUGCAAGGGAGCAGGAAGCGGACAUACUGGUGCUGUCCGAACCGUAUUUAACGCCAGAUAACUGGUUUACGGAUCUAACGGGUAGGGCUUCCAUCAGCAUCACCAACACAGGUAUAGCAAAAAGCAGGAAGUUAACGGUCCUGAGCUGUGAUAAGGGCUUUGUCUGCAUCAAUUACAAUGAUAUAUGCAUAAUGGGCGUAUAUGCCUCCCCCAACGAUAGUAGCCAAGCUUUUGAGGCACAACUAGCGUUGAUGGAGAUGUUUCUAGCUGGUAAUAAGGGGACUUUAACCAAGGUCAUAGUCGCAGGUGAUUUCAACGCUAAAUCGCCACUGUGGGGGUCGAAGAAUUGGUGCAAUAGAGGCAGGACUCUGUACCAGUGGUGUAAUGGUCUGGGACUGACUCCCACCAUAGCAAAAGGAGGUGUUACUUGUGAUAGGGGAGGGGGGUCAGUGGUUGACCUCCUUUUCUGUAGCAACGACGCCAUGAAACUCCACGUAACAUCGGAUGUAUUGGACAUGUACACGGCAUCGGACCACAGAUAUAUUGUGCGAAAGUUUGGCAGGGCUAAGACGGAUUCCAUGAGGGAGAAGGACCCGUUUGACCUAGGAAAACCAAAAAUUGAUGAAGCUGGACUCCUGGAGGAACUUAUCCGGAAAUACGGUGACGAGGCCUAUGACAAGAGAGCUAAAACGGACACUACGUUGGAGGUAGACAGGUUUAUUGAGGACGUGGAUAGACUGGUUAACAAGUAUACUUCUUAUAGAGGCCCAUACAAGGGUAACAAAACACCUGUAUACUGGUGGAAUGAGGAUACGGCUAGAUGCAAAAAAGAGGUAAACAAGGCGAGGAGGAGACACACUAGGUUAAGGGCUAAGGGUAAUGAGAGAGAUAUAGAGGAGGCGUAUAAGGUAUAUAAGACGGCACAGAAAACAAUGAAGCGUGCGGUGGAAAAAGCCAAAAAAACUAGUUGGAAAAAUAUGCUAACGGAUAUUGACAAGGAUAUAUGGGGGAAACCGUACAAGGUGGUCACAUGGAAACUGAAGGGAAAGGGUAGUAAGCCAGAUAUACUGAGUGCCGAAGAAGUAGGGUCAGUGGUAAAGAAAUUAUUUAUCCUGUCCCCUCCGAGGCCGGAUACACCUGAAAAAAACACUGAAAUAGUGGUUAGAACUGUUGAAAAUGAAGAUGAAGUUAUAUACUUACCUGAUGAACCCGGAUGUACUGGAGCACCUGAAAAAGAAAAUAACAAUGAUAAGAAUGGAGAGAGAAGAGGUACGGGAUACUUACCUGGGGGACUGAGAGAGAUACCUGAAAGAGAAACAGAAAGUAGAGAGAGAGAAAUUAAUGUGGAAGAAGAACUGCCAGAUGUACCUGUACCUGUACCUGUCACGCUUGAGCACCGAAGAGUGGGAGGGAUUACCCCCGAAGAGAUUACCUCAGUGGUUAGAUGUCUACCAGUUAAUAAAGCGCCUGGGCCUGAUAGGAUGCCUACGUCAAUAGCAAAAAAAUUCAGCCUGAGAGCGGCUAGGUGGCUAGCGUAUAUUUAUAACACCUGUUAUGCUAGAGGAUAUUGGCCAAGGUCGUGGAAGACCGGACGUUUGGUCCUAUUACCUAAAGGGAAGGCGACAAGAGCAGAUGAGAGGGCAUAUAGGCCCCUCUCGGUAAUUUCCUGCCUGGCGAAAAUACUGGAAAAACUUGUUAAGACGCGUAUCUUAAGAGAAUUAGAAAAUAAUGACCUGGCCGAUAAUCAAUAUGGCUUUAGGAAAGGUCGCUCAACGCUCGACGCAAUGGACAAAGUGGAUGGCAUCUGGCAAAAAGCCCGCAAAGAUGGAAGGCACUGCCUCCUGAUCCUGUUGGAUGUAAAAAAUGCAUUUAACACGAUCAGGUGGGACAGUGUCAUUAGGUGCUUAGAGGAAAGAGGAUUUGCACCAGAGCUUGUUAACCUGAUAAGAAGCUACCUAGAUGAAAGGUGGAUAGUCUAUGAUGCGGCGGAGGGGGAACUCAAUUUCCAGGUGUUUGGGGGGGUUCCACAGGGCUCCGUCAUCGGCCCAAUUCUGUGGAACUUGGUAUACGACGGCUUACUGAGGGUGAGACUGCGCAGAGAUGUGCACCUGGUGGCGUAUGCGGAUGACAUUGGUAUUGUCAUCGUUGAUGUCGAUUUGGCUAGAAUGGUGUAUGUAGCACAGGAGACCAUCAAAGACCUGGGGGUAUGGUACAAGAGUGAGGGGCUGAGUCUGGCGCACCAUAAGACGGAAGCCAUUUUGUUGACGGGAAGGAAGGUAGUGGGUGGCCUUAGCGUGAUAUGUGGGGAUGCGGAGAUCAGAACUGCACGUACGGCACGGUAUCUGGGCCUUAUAUUGGGCAUGAACCAUGGUUUUAAGAGUCAUAUUGAAACCGCCUGUAGCAGGGCUCUUAAAUAUGCAGGGGUGUUGGCUCAUCUGAUGCCCAACCUUGGUGGUGCAGGAAACCUGGCCCGGAGGCUGUUUUAUAGAGUAGUAGAGUCGGUGAUACUCUACGCGGCCCCGCUAUGGGUUGGGGGUCUGGAGUUUAGAACAAAUUGCAACUUGUUGUAUAGCACACAGCGUACCGCGCUGCUAAGGGUAGCGCAAGCCUAUAGAACAACAUCAUGGGAUGCACUCUGUGUAAUAACAGGACAGAUACCCAUCGACCUGCUGGUGAAGGAAAGAGCACGCAUUUACGAGAAAAGGAAGGAAAAUAGGGAACUCAGUAUUGAGGAGAUCGUCAGGAUCAAGAAAGAAGAGAGGGAGGUGACAAUGGAUACCUGGGAGAGCAGAUGGACAGCGUCGACGAAGGGUAGGUGGACCUUCCAACUGAUUCCCAACAUAAGGGAGUGGGUUACAUGGGGACCAAAGGUUCUGAGCUACCAUGUGACCCAAGUUUUAACGGGUCAUGGGUGUUUUGGGUCGUAUCUAUUGAGGAUUGGCAAACAGGAAAACGCAUGCUGUUGGUUCUGUGAGGGACACGAAGAUAAUCCAGAACAUUUUCUACUUCAUUGUAGUCGCUGGAGGGAAAAAAGAGCAACAAUGAAUGCCACCAUAGGUGAAAAUCUAGGUGUUGGAAACUUCAUCAGGCUAUUUGGUGACAGCAGAAGUAGAGAACAGAUAAUCAUGUUUUUUAAAUCUGACAAAGGGCACUUUAGCUCGACUAUAGUUUUACCCCUGGAGUAUGGUCAUGCAUACUUUUAA